ACUGAUUCUCGCCUGUCGAGGAUGUAGGUGCUCUCCGUGCUUGCCAUGGCUAGUGGACUGCGUCGCUACGCUGACAGGCGCACACCGUUUGCAGUGAAUGAGUUUUUCAAGCCAGGCUGCUUGCCGCAGCGCGAUCCAUAUGCGGCGCUCGUCGCACUGCAAAGACGGCACCGGCAGUCGCUACGAGUGGAGAGUGCUUCGCCUCGCGACGCUAGCAACCUACGCGAACGUGUGACACGACUCGUUUCGUCGCGCAGUUCUGGCUUCAGCGGUGCAUGCAAGGCAUCUUGUACCCGUAUUACUACCGCUCGCUCGGAUAUCUUGUCGGCUGCUAGAGCAACAGAUGGCGGCGCAACGAGCGCAAGCAAAAGAAGCAGCGAAGGCGAAACAACCGAACGCACGCACAAACGCUGGUUGGAAACACGGCAACAUGAAGAUGGCUGACAGUGCGGGUGUUCUUCGGCGGAAUCGACCGGGAACAAAAGCCGAGAAUUUCUCAAGCUGGCCCGAUGAGCCAUUCGACGAAAUGGACAGUACGCUCGCAGUUCAACAGUUCAUCCAGCAGGCGAUCCGCAAAGACCCGGCGAACGUCGAUGAAAUCUUGACGCCUCCCGAUGGCCAGGACGAGGGAGUGUGGAAGUACGAACAUCUAAGGUACGUUCGCCCCCGCUUAAUGUCGUUGGAUCAGCAGUUCUGCAUGGAGUUAAAUGGUCUUGCAGUCAAGCUGCAGGCCGAGUGCAACGCAGACAGCUGCACCCAAAUGACGGCCACGGAACAAUGGAUUUUCCUCUGCGCUGCCCACAAGACGCCCAAGGAGUGUCCAGCUAUCGACUAUACGCGACACACGCUUGACGGAGCUGCGUGUCUCCUCAACAGCAACAAGUACUUUCCAAGCCGAGUUAGCAUCAAGGAGUCCUCGGUAGCAAAGUUAGGUUCCGUGUGCCGAAGAGUGUACCGGAUAUUCUCUCAUGCGUACUACCAUCAUAGAGCCACCUUUGACGAGUUUGAGUUCUGGCUUCAGCGGUGCAUGCAAGGCAUCUUGUACCCGUAUUACUACCGCUCGCUCGGAUAUCUUGUCGGCUGCUAG